GUGUCCAGCUGCUUGUGGUGUACAGGAUUUCCUGAGCUCUCCCAGCCUGUGACGUUGCACACCUCCCUUUCUCUGCCUUCUCCCCCUCCUCCCCAUGUUCUCCAGAUUCCACUCUCUCUCCAUCAGCUGCAGGAGCAGGUAUUUUCAAGCUUUUUCGGAUACAGUGCUGUAAAAAUGUGGAACAUGAACAAAAAGACCAGUUAAUAGACACCUAGCAAGAUAAAAAGCAAGUCAGGCCAAUUCUUGGUCUGUGAAGGAGUAUAAUCUCAUAUUUGAUCUCAUCCACGUGUCAGUCAGUAAAAAGAACCUGUGGGCUUUGCUUUAUUAGGCCAGGAUCUUUUUAUGACUUUUAUAUUUUCUUGCCCUCAUCUUGUCAAAAAUAUUUUGUACAGCUUUGAAGAGGCUGAAACCGAAACUGCAGAUUUUGUGGACGGCAGCUGGCACAGAGGAUAUACACAAUGAAUGAGGAAUGUGGUCUACUGGGUCGAGACCUCUCCAAGAUGACUGAUGAAGAAAUGCUGUCUCACAGCAAAGAGGAACUUAUCAGGAAGUUAAGAGAAGAAGAAGCAGAAAAAAUGGCAGCUCUUAUUCAAAGGGGUCGUCUUAUAAAAGAGGUCAACCGUCAGCUGCAAGGCCACUUGACAGAGAUACGUGAGUUAAAACAAGUCAACCAUCGUCUUCAGGAAGAGAAUAGAGAGCUGAAAGACCUCUGCUGCUUCUUGGAUGAUGACAGAUUAAAAAGCAAGAAACUAGCUAGUGAGUGGCAAUUAUUUGGCUACCAUGCAGCUAAAGUCUUAAGGGAAGACUUGGGUGGGUAUCUUAAAAAACUGUCUGAACUAGAGAGGCGGCAGGAUGAGCUUGUGAGGGAAAACACAUGCCUUUCUGAAGUUUUUCUGGCUCUAGAAGAAGAUGGGGCUUCCAUAAGGCACCAUGCUAGCCCUGUGGCCUCAUCAGAGCUUAGUCUUUUACCCUGUGGACCACGAGACUUAGGCGACGGGAGCUCCAGUACAGGCAGUGUCGGGAGUCCAGACCAGCUGCACGUUGUUUGUUCACCUGAUGACUGAAAGGGGUUUGGCCUACCAUUUUGUUGAAUGUAUAUGGCUGUGAAUGACAAAGACUCUUGGCCUUCAAAACAGGAUUCAUGAGGCCGCUGAUAGGGUGGGUGGGAAUUUGGGAAUAACAGCUUGGUCUUUUUACCCAUACACUCUUUUUCAUGUAUAUAUUGUACACACAAAAAUCUGAAGCCAUGUAUUCUUUUCUGUAAAUAAGCUGAUGAACAAAUACAGUAUAAGUACACGGCUGUGAGUUAGUACCAUUUCUGCUCUCGGUCGCUGUAUAUAUAACAGAGAAUAGAUAGUACACAUUCUACCUUGUCAAAGAUCUCUGUAGGUAUACAUGGGAAAGACAGUACAAUCUCUUCUUACAGUAAGUGAUCUCUGUAUGUAUACAGGCAAGCCAAUGUACAAUGUCCUUGUAUGCAUACAGGUGACCGAUAGUUCAAUGUCUGCUCCCAUUAUCUGAUCUCUGUAUAUUUAUGGAUAAAAUAGUUACAUAAUCUCUCCACAUACAUUUUAUAGUCUCAGAUUAUAGUUCUGAUGUAUCUGAGGUGUGUGUUUUUAAUUGCUCAUCAUUUUUCCAUGUUGCUGCUGUUUUGGCAGCUAUGCUUUCGAAUUUGUCUUUUAUCACAACGAUCCUCAUCUCCCACUGUGCAACAAAAUGUACCUGUGUUAUUUUCAGUAAUAGCCAUGACAUGCCAUCAGUGACACUGACAAUGGUCUGGUUUGGUGUAAAUGGAUGUCUCUGGCCAGCAGGAGAGAUGCCUAAUAAUAUACAUGGAAUAAUCUUUGCAAACAAUGCCUGAAAUUAGACAAUGUAAGGGUUUCCUAUGGUGUGCUCCUGACUAUAUUAUAGGUGACCAUGCAUCCCCUGUUGGCUGAAUCGAGAAGAUAUUUAUGUAUAGUUGUGAUAAAUGUGAAUCCCAGCACCACAGUGAUGGGGAAAAGAAUUGACAGAUGUCUCACUGUCUGUUUUUGUUAGUGAGACAUGUUCUUGUGCAUUGCCAGACAAAUAGAUAAGAAUGUCAUUGACAGGAAGACUUCUUUAAAUACAUGGAAAUGACUGACUGCAUUAUCUCUGCUCCUCUACUUUAAAGAACAAUGAAGGAAAUGUGGUAUUGACCAGAUAAACCCACAGUUGGCUGUUUAGAAUUAGUUCACACUUAUGAAGAGAGCUGUGUUUUUCAAAGCAUAGCUCUCCACAAGGACAUACAGAAAAAAAAAAAAAUUGUGUGCCCUGUUCGCAAUUAUUCACAGAUAGAAAAAUUGUAACAUGUCUUCAUUUUCCACACCGCUCUGUAGGUCUCUGAUCAACCCUGUGAGCUGCCAUGCACAGAAAUGAAUGGAGUUUAGAUAAAAAAGGGAAAUGGUACCUUGCGUUGUAAAAACACAAGGCACUGCCCCCCACUUUGCUGGCAGCUGGGAUCAAUGCCCUCAGAGAAAAUGUAACAAUUUUCUCUGCAGGUAAUGUGAACCUACCAUACACCCUAGGCAGAUACAGUAUGUGGCAUUGGAUUUGCAAGUUUAGUAUAUGUGUGAUUUUUCAGAGAUCUAUCAAACUUACGGUAUGCUGCAUUUCACAAGGAAUAAAAUACCCUAAAUAAUG